AUGGACGGAGCCAGGGCUGACGUGUGGGCCCGCACCUUUGCCCAGCUGAUGGCCGAGACGAAGCCCCAGGACGUCUGGGCUCUGCUCCCCCAGGACAGCCUGGUUGCAGGGCGCCUGGACAGCGGUGGUCUCCAGUACCGGCUAAAGGGGCUCUCCAGACUCCAGUGCAGCCGCUGCUUGUGGGCCUGGUCCUCAGCCCACGUGCACAUCCUCUUCCACCUGUGGUGGGACAGGGACCGUCGCCGGGGGCUGGUGAAGAUGCGGGUCUGGGGCCAGCGGUGCCGGCUGUGCCCCCCGCCCUGUAGCGACUGCCACGUGAGCCCUCUCAACGUCCACAUCUUCGUCAGCAGGCUGGUCCUGCACAUCCUGCAGAAAUGCUACGGGGACGGCCUCAGCCCCGACCAGUGCCCCGAGAUGUGCUUCGGGGACCGCUGUGAGGCCUGCGACCUGGGGGUCUGCUUCCUCCAGAAGGCCCCAGACCCUGCCUGGGGGCCGGUGGCCAGGAGCCCCGUCGCUGCUGAGGGCAGGCAUGCCGCGAACGACAGUCGCUUCCCCGUUGCCGCCUUGGGCAGCAGCGGCUCCGUCUCCAGGGGCACACCACUGCUCGCCCCCAGCAGUGGCCCCAUGGCCGAGUGCACCGGGGGCCUCGUCACCAUCUCCCUCUCUGUGUGUGAGUUCGUCGAGAGCCCCCUCUCUGACAGCCUCGACUUCCUCAGCAAGGGCUACGGCAUUGUCACUGUCCCCUUCUCCCUUGUGGACAUGGACAUGGACGAGGGGCCGGUCGCCCACAGCUGUGCCUCCCCUGGGGGCAGCUCCCUCCCCACAACUGGCAGUGGGGGGCCGGGUGUCCUUGGCAAGGGCUCCAUCUGUCUGUCUGGGAGUUCCACAGCCGCGCCCGAGGGCAAAGGCAUCGCGGUAGAUGUCAGAGACCCCAUCUUCCAGGCCAGAGGCCUCCUCAGCGAAGUCAAGACGACCUUCCAGCUUGGAGGCUUCCUUUUCAAAGGCGGGGGCGCCUCCUCCGGCCCCGUUGGUGUGGCCAGAGGCCAGGGCCCUGUCUCCUGCAGCCACGGCCUCGGGGUCUUGUGGACAGGCCCGCCGACAGGGUCCUACAUCGUUGGCCUCGGGCCUGACGGGGAGGGCUCCCUCACCUUCCCCCUGUCCUUCGCCAGGGCCAUCGGGGACAAGGACACCUACACCUGCUGCACGGAGGGUGAAGGGCAGGAGGGUGGCCGCCAGGGCCCUGCCAGUGGAGGAAACACCACCCCCCUGGAGACCGAUGUGGACGGCCCCACAGCCAGUGAGGAGCACUCAGUCACAUUUCCCUUCGCCUUUACUGAGGACGCAGGUGCCUUCACUGGUGUUGCCCAAGGCAAUGGGAAAGAGGGUGGUCACCAGAGCCUCGUGGCUGCCAGUCACGACCCCUGUCCAGAGACCAACGCUGGUGGCCUCACUUCCGAGGAUAAGGGCUCCCUGGCCUCCUCUUCCUUUCCUGACGACAUCAAAGGCAGAGACUCUUUCACUGACGUCACCAAAGGCAGAGAGAAGGAAGAUGGCAGCCAGGGCCCCGUCUGCAUCAGUGAGGGCUCCAUCACCAUCCCGUUCUCAGUCCUGGACAUAAUUCGCAAGGGACCCGGCCACAUCGCCCACAGCCCCCAAAACAAUGGCUUGGUCACCUACGGCUAUUACAGGAAGAGAUGGCUGAGGUCCAGGCUCGGCAAGUCCAGCCGUGGCAGCCGCAGAGAGGCAGACCUCUGCUCCGGCCGCGCCUGCCGGAGGCCACGUGCCGAACCCUACGAAGACGUGUGGAUCUGGGUUUCCAUGACCGUCUGCAUCUUCUGGCUGCUGUGCAUGUGCAGACUGAACCCUGGCAUCUUCCCCGAGCAAGUGUGA